AUGUAUAGAUUUGCUGGAAUAUACCAGACAAAUACUGUGUUCCGAUUCUAAAUAAAAAAUACAUUGGCCGAUCUGAUUUGUUUUAAGCCAUGGUUGGGCUAUCAUCUAAUCUAAUUAUAAAAUAUAUUCCGAAUCAGUGAGGUUUCCAAAGUGUUAUAAAACGCGUUGACACUUGAAACAUCAACGUCAAACCAAAUGAAAAGUUACAUGCACGUCAAUACAAAUAAUCUAUAGAAUAUGAGUAAUAUAAACACUUUCGAAACAAAUAAAACUAUAAACAAACAACAAAGAGGACAAAUAUUUGUAGACUUUGACUUCAUAAAUAACUUAUAUAUAAUAUACUCUUUGUUAAUGUAUACUUUUUAUCGGCUGCUUACAAAUCUAGUCCCUAUGAUAUUAUAUGUGUUUGUAAUUCACUCUAUAAAACAAUUACUCGUAUAAGCUAAAUAGAUUUUUCAAGUUUCCUUAUUGACGAACGCAACCCUAUUGAGAAAUUGAUCAUCCUUAAAUAAAAUGGACUCCUCUCAUAAACUUCAAACUUUGACCCAAUAACAAACUUAUGGAAGAAGGAGUGUGUACCAAACUUAUGGAAGAAGGAAUGUGUAUAGAAAAGAAAUUUAAAUUUAUGAAAACAAUGCAACUGGGGUCCAUUUGUCAAGGUCUCGUUAUGCUUAAAGUCAACAGUUUAGCGAUCGAUUCUCUUGUAUAUAUACAAUACAAACCCUCUUCCUGUUAAAACAAGCUUCUCUCUCUCUCUCUCUCUCUCUCUCUCUCUCUCUCUCUCUCUCACACACACACACACAUCAAUGGAGAGUUUGAUAAGCUUAGUGAACAAAUUACAAAGAGCAUGCACAGCAUUGGGUGAUCACGGAGAAGCGAGUUCAUUGCCAACUCUUUGGGACUCUUUGCCUUCCAUCGCUGUUGUUGGUGGUCAGAGUUCUGGGAAAUCUUCAGUUUUGGAAAGUAUUGUUGGCAAAGACUUCUUGCCAAGAGGAUCAGGAAUCGUUACUAGGCGCCCGCUGGUUUUGCAGCUUCAUACGAUAGAUCAAAGCAAAGAAUAUGCAGAAUUCCUCCACCUUCCAUCAAAAAAGUUUUAUGAUUUUGCUGCUGUAAGGAAAGAGAUUUCAGAUGAGACUGAUCGUGAAACGGGGCAAACGAAACAAAUUUCAAGUGUUCCCAUUCAUCUUAGUAUCUAUUCUCCAAAUGUGGUGAACUUGACUUUGGUCGAUCUUCCUGGACUCACAAAAGUUGCAGUUGAUGGUCAAUCUGAAAGCAUUGUACAAGAGAUUGAGGAUAUGCUCCGUGCCUAUAUUCAAAAGCCAAACUGCAUUAUUUUGGCUAUUUCACCUGCUAAUCAAGAUCUGGCUACAUCAGAUGCGAUUAAAAUGUCGCGUGAAGUGGACCCCACAGGAGAAAGAACUAUUGGAGUCUUGACCAAAAUUGAUUUGAUGGAUAAGGGUACUGAUGCAGUCGAUAUCUUAGAAGGAAAAUCAUAUCGGCUAAAGUUUCCAUGGGUUGGGGUUGUGAAUCGUUCACAACAAGAUAUUAACAAACGGGUUGAUAUGUCUUCUGCUAGACGUAGGGAGCGAGAAUACUUCUCCAACAGCAGAGACUACAAACACCUGGCUCCAAGAAUGGGGUCUGAAUAUCUUGCAAAGAUGCUUUCAAAGCAUUUAGAAGGCGUGAUCAAAUCAAGAAUCCCAGGCAUACAGUCGCUAAUCAGCAAAACAGUUGCUGAUCUUGAAGCUGAACUUAGCCAUCUUGGAAAGCCUAUUUCUACUGAUGCUGGUGUAAGUCUUGUGUGUGUAUGUGUGAAGAUGCACCUAAUAGAUGUUGAUGUUUAUAUAUGGUUAAAAAUAUUACAGGGGAAGUUGCUUCUGAUAAUGGAUAUUUGUCGGGCUUUUGAUCAAAUAUACAAAGAACAUCUAAACGGAAUGCGAUCCGGGGGAGAUAAAAUAUACCAUGUUUUUGAAAGGCAGCUUCCUGCUGCUCUUAAGAAGUUGCAGUUUGAGCAACAAUUGUCAAUGGAAAAUAUCAAGAAACUGAUCACAGAAGCUGAUGGAUAUCAACCACAUCUCAUAGCCCCUGAGCAAGGAUACCGUCACAUUAUUGAAUCUUCAUUAAUCACCAUCAAAGGCCCUGCUGAGGCCUCAGUCAACGCGGUUGAUAUCAUACUCAAGGAGCUGGUCCGCAAGGCCAUCAGCGAGACCAUGGAAUUGAAGCAGUAUCCGAGUUUGAGAAAAGAAGUGGAGAGGGCUGCGAAUGAGUCGCUUGAAAGAAUGAAGAAAGAAAGUAGGAAGGCGACACUUAUGUUGGUUGAUAUGGAAUGUUGUUACCUGACGGCUGAUUUCUUCCGGAACCUUCCGCAAGAAUUUGAGAAGGGUGGAAACCCGACACUGUCCAUUUUUGAUAGAUACAAUGAUUCGUACCUUAGACGAAUUGGAGCAACAGUGUUGCAGUAUGUGAAUAUGGUUCUUGCAGGCCUGGUGAACUCGGUUCCAAAGUCCGUGGUUCACUGUCAAGUGCGUGAAGCCAAACGCAGUCUUCUUGACCAUUUUUUUGCAGAGUUAGGUCGAAAAACUCCAAUUCAGUUAUCAAAUUUAUUGAAUGAAGAUCCUGCGAUCAUGGAGAGGCGUUCGUCACUAGCAAAGAGAUUAGAGUUAUAUAAAAGUGCACAAAUGGAGAUUAGUAGUGUUUCAUGGUGAUGAAGAGAAAAAACCAUGAAAACUUGGUUAUUUGUGCCUCGAGUUUUUUGGAUUCAUAUAUUAUUCGUUUAGCA